AUGUCUACCACAGCAGGAUUAAGACAGAGAGUACCUUCUCCCCCUGCGGGACAGGUAGAGAAGGAUCAACUCCUUCGUGAAGCCGAAGAAGCUGAAUUGACUGAAGGUCAAAAGUUCAUCGUACCAAACUUCACUGUCAAGCAAUUACUCGAUGCUAUCCCUGCCCACUGUUUCCACCGAUCCGCACUCCACUCAUCUCUCUAUGUGGUCCAAGACUUCAUCGCUCUUGGUCUCUUGGCUUACGGAGCCUUCCAUAUCGAUCCAUUCCUUGCUAGGUACAACCUCGCACCUGCCGUUUACCACGCUGCCAGGAUCGCCCUUUACUCCCUUUACGUCUUUGCUGCUGGUUUGUUCGGAACCGGAGUAUGGGUUAUCGCUCACGAGUGUGGUCACCAAGGUUACUCCUCAUCCAAGACUAUCAACAACACUGUCGGUUGGUUCCUGCACUCUGCUUUGUUGGUACCAUACCACUCCUGGAGAAUCUCUCACGGUCGACACCACGCCGCUACCGGUCAUUUGACCAGAGAUGAGGUCUUCGUACCUGUCACCAGAAAGGACAGAGGUGCACCUGAGAUGAAGGAGGAGGCUGAGAUCCGCGGAUUGAACGUUUCAUCAGAAAGACAAAGUGAACUCGCCGAAAUUCUUGAGGAUGCCCCGUUGGCCGUCUUGUUCAACCUUUUUGUUCGACAAUUAGUUGGCUGGCCAGCAUACCUCGCCGUCAACGCUUCCGGUCAGAAACACUACCCUAAAUGGACUAACCACUUCACCCCUUCGUCCAUCAUCUUCAAGGCUUCUCACUUCUGGCAAAUCGUCUGGUCCGACAUCGGUGUCGUCCUUACCCUCUCUGCUCUCGCUUAUUGGACCUACAAGAGAAGUUUCUCUGAGAUGUUCGUCAUCUACUUCUUACCUUAUCUCUUCGUCAACAACUGGCUCGUAUUCAUCACUUACCUUCAACACACUGAUCCCGUUCUUCCUCACUACUCCUCUAACACCUGGACUUUCCCUCGAGGAGCCCUCGCCACGAUCGACCGAACAUUCAUGGGACCCAUCGGAGCCUACGUUUUGCACGGUAUCUGUGAGACCCACGUCGCUCACCAUAUCUCAUCCAAGAUCCCCCACUACAACGCAUGGGAAGCUACCGAAGCUCUCCGAAAAUUCCUUGGUCCCCAUUACUACCGAUCGGACGAGAACAUGUUUGUCUCUUGUUACAAGUCGUACAGGGAUUGUGUCUAUGUUGAAGAUAAUCAAGAUAUUGUCUUCUACAGAAACGCUAGGGGUGUAGCUCAAAGAGUCGCGGUGGACGAGAAUGGAAACAUCUCUGAUUCAGGUGUCGACAUGAGCGAAUCCAAGUAA